UAAGGUUUCCCAUUACUUCCAGGAGAAGCGACUCACUGUUAGGAACUUUGCGCGCGACCUAUGGCACACAACUAGCAGGGUGGAUUACUCCCUGACCAUUUUUAACCACUACGGUGUAUGGAAAUUGCUCCUGGAUGGACCUGGGCGAAAACAGCUGGUCCAUGGUGAAGCGAGAAGUAUCCAGCAGCCCAGGGUCACCGGCUGAACAAACCUACCUGCCCGCUGACAGCAGGAGGGAGGGUCCCACCUCGGAUGAGCUGAGGACACCUCCGAACGAGCUUGACGCACUGGGCCAUCGCCGCGCCGACGGCAGAUCACUACACUCCUACGUGCACUUCGGACACCAUAACAACACCCUGACCACUACCGAGGACAUCCCACUUUUUACGGAUUUAGACCAGGGGAGCAAACUCGUCUUCUCCAGCGGAGCUCACAAGGCGAGCUUGCUGGUGGACCCAACCGACAUGUACCAAACACUGGCCAUCGCCGCAGCCCAAAGCCAGACUGGAUAUGAUUCCUCCUCUGGUGGUUAUAUGCACUCCAACACCAACUCCCCUGUCUAUGUACCCAGCUCCCGGGUGGGUCCGAUGAUACCCAGUCUUUCUUAUCUGCAAGCCAACGGCUCUGCGCAGCCUAGCCACGCAGUCUCGAGCCACUCUGUCUGGUCGCAGUCCACCCCGGAGAGCCCUUCAUACAGCACCGGGAGCCCGCACACCUCCAGCCGGUUCCACUACCCUCCAAGCCCGCCCAUGAAUAAUGGCACGCCUAGGGACACCGGCUACAGCAACACGCUGAAUGUGAGCAGCAGAGACCAGUACGGCCUUUCUCGGCCCCUCACUGGGACCUACCCGAGUCCAUACUCUCCGUAUGUUACACCACAGCUCUCCCAGCUGCCCUCGCCUUGGACCGGGGGACAUUUCGAUAACACGAUGUUGCAUACCUUGCAGAGCAGAGGCGCGCCCCUUAUUCGAGGGCCAAACGGAGUUUCAGAUAUUCUGGACGAGAUGGCGGAGAGUAGAGAGUGCGUCAAUUGUGGCUCCAUCUCCACGCCGCUGUGGAGGCGCGACGGCACAGGUCACUUUCUCUGCAACGCCUGCGGCCUUUACAGCAAAAUGAACGGACUGAGCCGGCCAUUAAUUAAACCACAGAAACGGACGUCAACUUCCAGGAGAAUCGGCCUGUCCUGCGCCAAUUGUCAAACCAGCACGACCACUUUGUGGCGCAGAAACGCGGAGGGUGAACCAGUGUGUAACGCAUGUGGACUCUACACAAAAUUACACGGGGUGCCACGGCCGCUCGCCAUGAAGAAAGAGGGAAUCCAGACAAGAAAAAGAAAACCGAAAACAUUGAAUAAAACUAAGGGAUCCUCUGGAAAUAACAACUCUGUCUCUAUGACCCCCACAUCCACCUCCUCAUCCAAUUCCGAAGAUUGCUCGAAAACCGGCUCCCCCUCUGCACAGGUGUCAGGGGUCAGUUCUUCUGUGCUGUCCAGCUCAGGGGAGGGUCCAGGCUCUGGCACAGCGGUGAAGUACCCGGGACAGGACAGCCUGUACAACAGUGUGGGCUUGACCCAGUCAUCAGAUGUAGCAUCAGUGAGGGGCGAACCCUGGUGCGCCAUGGCUUUAGCCUGAACUUCUACUGUACAAUAAAUCUUUUGGGAGGGCAACAAUCCCUGACCCCCUUCUGUGUGGAUGCUAGUAUGGAAGUAUUCAGGGACAACGCUUGUUACCCUUCUCUCAGUUGAUGCAAGAAGAUUUGGAUAGAGGGAAAAGAAGAAUAUAACCACCUUCAGUCACGCUGUAAGCUUGACCCGAGACUGGAAUAUCAGAGAUUUAUGUCCAGAUUGGUGUUGGGAUCGUGUCGCCUUAAAAUAAAUAACAAAGGGAAA